CUCCCAGGGCCCCGCGCCGUCAGUUUCGUUGGUGUUGUGUCGUUGAUAAGGGAAUAAUCGUACGCACACAAUCGCGCGCGCGCGCGGCUCGUCGGCGAUCCUUUUUGGUGACGGAUGGUGCGUGUCCUGGGGUCCGGGACUAGGGUCGCGGAUCCUGAUCGGACUGAGCGAGAACUGGUCUCGGAAAAAUCGGAGCUGAUAGGGUAUAUUGUAUUCCGUGGAGAUCGAGAUCGAUAAGGAGCUAAGUUGGACUGAGGAAUAGAAGAUCGCUGGGAUUAGAGGUCUGCGCAGAGACCUGGCAGGAAUGAAGAUCGAUUAGCUUGGUGGACUGCUCGUUUGGGUACUUUUGAGGAAUAACAGACGGUUUGUCUGUUUGUUUACUUGUUUCUAUAGUCGAAGACAUUAGUGUUGUGCGAGGAUACCCUAACUGUCAGUCGCUGGAUUAACGGAAGUUGAAGUGACAGUUGCUGCGCGAGGAGUCGGAUUUACGAUCGCUGGCAAGGAUCUUGGUAGGAAGUUGAUACGAUUGCGCGGAGUAUAAAACUCGGCAGUUUUAACUGUUUCUGGGAGCAAAGUGCGCGAAAGUUGAGUGAGGAAAACUGCCCGCGGAGGACGACGGCCGCCCGGAAGACCGCAAAAUGGCGUGGGUUCCGGUGAACUAUCGUUUUAUGUGCGAAACCCGCUGACGCUGUACGUACAUAUUUCAGUGCGAACGCAUGCGUGCAAUCCUGGCAACCUGCGAUGAACGUGAAUAGAACGAAAUUCGUGCGGCGAGCGAUGUUCACGAGCCUCGAACGGCGUGAAAUCACAGGAUCCACGGAGCCGUGAACCGCAGCCGACUCACAGGAGCUUCUGGGUGCGGGGCUUGAGCUCGGGAUACACGAGUCUUAGGGUAUCUUCCGUCAAACCUUCGAAAACAGGGACUGUAAUUGCUUCCACAAUUCGAGAAGCAAUUAUCGGUGAGCUAAAAUUCGCAAAAUUGAUAAACUCCUUUGCCCAAUUGCCUGUAGGAGAGUGAGACUGGUGAACGAUUGUGUCUCGAAAAGAAACUCCGAUGAAUCUGUUUGCAACUUCGAACUCUACUCAUUGUUCACUAAAUUUUAUAUGAAACUUAACGAGAAAGUAUCAGAAGCUGCAUAAAUUGUGGUUGUUGCUCGAUCCUGUUCGAUCUUGUCCCCGUGAAAUUUGCGUAGAAGAAGAGGGACUCGAGGUGUGUAACUCCGACCUUCGAGAUCGGGGUCUUGUCAAGUUACCGAGAGAGAAGUAAGUACGACCGGCGGUCGUACUUGGCGCGAAGGCCUCAAGAUUGCUCGAAAAUCGUCGAAGGAGGUGCGAAGGGCUGGAAGAGCGAUGGAAAUCGGGGGUGCGGCGAUGCAGAGGAUGGGCACUGCCGGGGGGCCCGGGCCCCUCAGCCUUCAGGGCCCUCCAAGGUCAGUGAAAAUCUCACCCGUUAACAUACAGGACGAGCCCGGUGACCUCACUUCCCAAAAAAGCACGAGUUCACAUUGCGUGGGCUGCGGCGGGCGAAUCCACGACCAAUGGAUCCUGAGAGUUGCGCCGAACUUGGAAUGGCACGCCGCUUGUUUGAAAUGCGCGGAGUGCCAGCAAUUUUUGGACGAGCAUUGCACCUGUUUCGUACGGGACGGAAAAACCUACUGUAAACGGGAUUACGUCAGAUUGUUUGGCACGAAAUGCGACAAGUGCAGUGAGUGCUUUAGCAAGGACGACUACGUGAUGAGGGCAAAGAGCAAGAUUUAUCAUAUAAAGUGCUUCCGAUGUUCGGCGUGCAUGAGGCAGCUAGUACCUGGUGACGAAUUUGCUUUGAGACAGGACGGUCUUUUCUGUAGACACGAUCACGACGUCCUCGAGGGCGGGAAGCUGUGCUCCGGGCCCGGCGGCGUUCCUGGAAGCGAGAAUAAUAACAACGCAUCCCUUAUGAAUAAUAAUCACCAUCUGCAUCCCAACGACGGCUCGAUAUCAGAUUCCGGGUCGGAGAGCGGAUCACACAAAGCGAGCGUGGGUGGUACCCGAGGAUCAGGCAGCCAUAAAAGCAGCGGCGGUUCCGAUGGAAAGCCAACCAGAGUACGCACGGUACUGAACGAGAAGCAGCUUCACACUUUGAGGACUUGCUACGCGGCGAAUCCGCGGCCGGACGCAUUAAUGAAGGAACAGUUGGUGGAAAUGACGGGACUCAGUCCGCGAGUAAUUAGGGUAUGGUUCCAGAACAAGCGUUGCAAGGACAAGAAAAAGACCAUCGCGAUGAAGCAGCAAAUGCAGGAGAAGGAUGGUCGUAAAUUAGGCUUCGGUGGAAUGCACGGCAUACCUAUGGUGGCCAGUAGUCCCGUGAGACACGAGAGUUCCAUAGGAAUGACGCCACUCGAGGUGCAAGCUUAUCAACCACCGUGGAAAGCACUUUCGGACUUCGCUCUCCAUACUGAUUUAGACAGGCUAGACCCCAACACACCAUCUUUCCACCAUUUGGUAUCACAGAUGCACGGUUACGAUCUUCAUAGCGGGCCACCACAGUUGCCACCACCAGGGAUGCUCGGUGGGCCUAUGAACGACGGCGGAGGUGGUGGGGGCGGGGGUCCUCUGCCACCCCCUGGGCCCCAUCAUCCAGGCAGUGGCGGUCCAGACAUGGGACAGCACCCCGACAGUACCGACAGCUACGUAACUUACCUCGAAAGUGACAGUGACUCCCUUCACCACGAUACAGGAAGUCCAUAGUGUUGUGCAGUGUGGCCAGAACGAAAGUGUCCGCUUUCUUCGUGGUCUUCUUUUAAUAAGUGCUUGAAGAGAAUAGUAGUCUGCGAGAACAAAUAGGGUGAACAUGCACAAACGGGCUCGAACGACGGAUGUUGUCUCGAAAUCUGUAGGCUUCUCUGGAAAACAGCUUAACCCUUUCGCGCCCGCAGCUAUUUUGGAAAUGGACGGUAAACGAGAUAGCGCUUGACCGGGGAAAUGUCUGUGUUAUUUUUUUAUUAUCAAAUGAUUUCCAUCGGAACAUGACAGACCAACCGUUUGGAAAAGAAAAGUAUGUUUUAAUAAACUGGUGAUACGGAUGCGAAUUUUAAACGUAGGAAUAAAAUUAAGUUGUCAGAAUUAACGAAGUUUCUUAACUCCAUUCGACGAACUCUGAUCUUUUCUAACUUUCAGCUUUCGGAAAUGAAAUUCUAUGAUUGUAUAUCAUCGAUUUUGUACGCCAUACGUUGAUACGUGUAAUUUCGAACUUUAUGUUUAUGAAUGAUUAAUAUAUUUAUAAAUGGAACACGUUUUGUCUGUUGUCUUUUAGGGAGAACUGGAAUAAUGUUUAAUAUUGUAUUCAAAUUGAGGUACUAUGUGUUUUUAUCCUGUAAGAAAUAGUUUAUGCAUAAAAAAUCACGUGAUUGAACUGACUAUUUCAGGAAGGAUAUUUUCGUGUUUAUUUACAAUGAAUAAUUCAAAGGUUACUUAGAUAUUCUGAGUCCUUUUUCAUUUUAACCAUUCGUCGCUGUUUUUUUAAUAACGGAGUGAUCUUUUAGGAUCUUUUAGUCAAUCAGAGAACACUUCAAAGUGAUCGAAAAAGUUAUUCAUUAUCUUGACAAUAAACAUUUGAUAUAUUUCAAUAUUCUUAAAGCGGUCAUUUAAUAUUUAACUAUUGAAACAUUGGAAUAUAUCUUUUAUAAACUUACUUGAAAUAAAUGGUAAAGGUCAAAGUAGAAGUACUCAAUUUUUUUCUCAAAUUUUAUUUCGCGCUUGUUCGUUCGCUGCACAAAAAUAGGCGGGCAAAAUCACUUCCCGCGCGAAAGGGUUGAGAAAAUCAAUUUCUCGGACGACAAAGGAAAGGAAACUGUAACGAACUAAAACAAAUAAUUUGUAGGAACAUGAGCUUAUAUAACGGUGGAUUGAAGCGAAAGUGAACGAAAAAAAAAGGAAAAAUAACUAGAAAUUAUUGUAAGAUACGCAUGUCAUGAAAUCUUACGCGUCCGAAGCGCUUCGAUCGUAUUUCGGAACGAUUCGGGUCGGCGGUUAUUCGAACGGAUUAUUUUUGCCAGAAAUAACGUAAACGUCGCGCUCAAUGUUUCACGAUAUUAAAACUGUUUGUACGGCGACCACGUGGAAUCCGAUUAAUCACGAAUAGUUCUGUUCAGGAGAAAUCUCAGGUAGAACGUGUGUAAACGAACCAUCAAAGAGUAUUCGACGGUCGACUUUCUCGACGCGUGUCAACUAUAUUGAUCGUUCAUUAACGUGACGAUGAUCGUCUAUUAAGGAAAGAAACGAGAAAAACGGUGUAAAUCAUUGUAAUAUUUUUUAAACGGAAUACCCGCUGAGUUACAUUUAGUAAAAGCACAAAAAGAAAAGUAAGAAAGGAAAGAGAAGAAAUGCCGAAUAAUCAAAUGAAUUGUGAACUAACGUUGACAUUGAAGGAAACGGGAUACAGGAUUUGCAUAAUUUGCUAAGUGUGCUUAGUCAAAUGAAAGAAAAAUAAAAUAAACGGAAACAGCGGAAACGAUAAUUCGUAUAAUUUGUAAGAUUGAUUUGCUACCGAAGCUUGCACACCGGUGCACCAAAAACUUGUGAAACAAAUUAACGCGAAUGAUCGAAUAUACCUCCGGUACGAGUAGAACGAAAAAAUUGCUCCGACGGUUAAGCUAUUAAUUGCGUGACUGGUGAUUGAUUAAUAAACUUUAGUGGAACAUUGGAGAUUCGUUUGUUCGAUAUUUAUUAACUAUUCUUUUCAGUGAGCUCCAAGCGACGCGGUGCAAUAAGCGUAGCGAAGGAUUUCGUUAGAUCGACACUCGGCAACGUGUAUUGACACGGUUAUAUAAUUAAGUUUUCCAAUUAUUCUGUUCGAAGACACGACGUUUUCUUGGUAACGAAGCUCGCCGGGUAAUGGACAUUGAACGCGUCUUCAGUUGAACGAUUCGCAUCGAAAGGGAUUUAGAAUGAAUUGUAUCUGAACUUCUGUUCUGCGACGAAAAAUCUAGUGAUUAUGUUGAAAGUUAGUGACAUGAUGUUGUAUUCUUUGCGCUUUGGCUGAUUUUUGUUUGUUCUCCAGUUUCUGUUAGCUCGUAUAAAUGACCAAAGAGCGUUUUUAUCGCUGGGAGGGUGAAUGAGCGAGUAAAAGAGAGAGAGAGAGCGAGAGAGAACGAGAGAGAACGAGAGAGAACGAGAGGGAGAGAGAGAGAGAGAGAGAGA